AUGGCUGCCUCGACCGUUCAGAACCCUCCUGCUCAGCCCGAGUCCAAGUCGGCCAAGAAGAAGAAGGCCAAGGCGGAGCGAACUGAGUCCCCGGCCCCCGCUGCUUCCGCCACCCCCGACAAGGCCGCCUCCGUUUCGGGCAACGAUGCCUCGGCCGACGACUCCUCUGAGAACCCCUACAUUCGCGAGCUGUCAAAGAACAUCCGCAACGUCAACAAGAAGAUUACCAACGCCUCCAAGACCGAUGGUCUCAUCGCCCAGCACAAGGGCAAGGACCUGAACGAGCUUGUCGCUCAGAAGAUCAUCAACGCCGACCAGAAGGCCCAGAUAUUGAAGAAGCCUGCCCUCCAAGCACAGCUCGCCCAGCUUGAGGAGCAGCUGGCGCAGUACAAGAAGGUCGACCUGGAGUAUCGAACGCGCGCCGCAUCCGAGAAGGCGCAACUCGAGAAGACUCUGGCCGAGAAGUACGAGAAGGAGAAGGCUGAAGCUAUUAGCGAGCUCAAGGAGAAGGCCGAGGCCGGUUCCCAGAAGUCGCUCCAUGAUAGCCUUCUCGUCCUGUCGCAAUUUUUGCGCCUGGCUGCCGCGCGCCGGGCCGAGGAGUUCAAUGCCGAGCUUGAUGAGAACCUGGCUCUCGAGGGUGUGCUGCUCCACGUCUACUCUGGAGACGAGAACGCUGUGUCCACCAUCCUGAAGCUGGUCCAGGGCUCGGAUGAGCAGACGAGGAGCGUUUCAGGAGACUUGCUGCAGACUACUUUCGCCCAGGUCAAGACGGCUGCUAUCGCCCACUCUGCUCCCCUUUUCCAAGCUCCAGCCGAGGCUGAGCCUGUCGAAGCCCCCGUUGAGAACGGCCAUGAGCCCCAGACCGACCCUACCGUCGCUCAUGCCACUCUGACCGAGAUCGACACUGGUGCCGCUAUCGUCCUCACCAACGGUGCGAGCGCGGAGUCACCUGCUAGCGCGCAUCCUGCUAAUGCCGAUGUCGCUGAUGGAGCCGCCAACGCUGCUGGUGAGAGCCAGUGGGACACCCCCAGCAACAACAUGAGCAUGUCCCAGGAGUGGGUGGAGGUCCCUCGCGACCCUGCUGAGACAGAGACUGGCCUAGCUGCCACCCCCGCCGCUCCCGUUCAGAGCCAGUCGUGGGCUGAUGAGCAGCCGGAGCACCCUGCAGAGGUUCCCGCACCGGCUGACCCCAACGACGGCUUCCACCAGGUGCAGCGCAACCGCGGCCGCAACGAGCGAGAGGGUGGUCACCGCGGACGCGGUGGCUAUCGCGGAAACCGAGGUUUCCGUGGCGACGGCCGUGGCGGUCGCGGCCGUGGUGGACGCGGAGGCGCCCCCUUCCGUGGCCCUCGCCGGACUGAGGAGUCGCAGUAG